ACCAGGCCAUGUUUUUGAAAAGAAGAAUUACAGCUGAGGCAAAAAAUGUACCGUCCAUGGGUAUUAUUCCAAGUAUAGAGAUCGGGAAAUGUCUCCUUUUUGUGUCAGGAAUUUAAGAUGGCAACAAAACGUCCAAGUUUACGAAAGAGCACCAGGGCACAAUCGAAAGCAAAAGAGAAUAAUGGUGAGGAUCCCAGCAAAGUUGAUAAUGACAAACUUUCAGAACCCAUUCCCAAAACGCAGACGAGAAGAAUAACAAAACUUAAGAAACAUGUUACUGAAAAACCUGAAAUCAUUAACAUUGACGAGGAGUCGGAGCAUGGGGAUGGAAGCUUUAUAUCCCAGGUCAUCCCAAGCUGUGAAAAAGACACUUUUCUGUGUUCACAAGAUACCUCAGCAGAGGUGUUUUGGGACUGUACAUCUCCUGACAUGCGGAAAAUUAUCCGCUCCAGGCAUAGGAGGGACAAACAUAUAAAAAAUAAUGUAGUGGAUAUCGUACAGACAUUGUCAACAACCAGUGAUGCUGACACAGAAGAUUUGGAGGACAAAAGCAAAAAUGGACUUCUGGGAUUGUGGAUGGACUCUGACGCGCCAGAUAUCUCUUCAAAAUUUACGGCAACAAACCUUACUUCCUUUUCUCCUACCAACAGCUUUCCUCCACAAAGAGCUCAGAAAGAGAAGCGAGAAGCCACAGACACCUUAUCUUCUGUUUUACAGGAAAAACUGUCAAUGAGGAUCAAGAAAGAAAGGUCUCCCUUGGGAACAAAAAUAAGAUCAUCUGCUGAAAAAAGGAAGCGCAGUUCUCUGUCAGGAGUCACAGAAAGUCCAUCUAAAAUCAGCAAGGUUGAAAGGAAUGAAGGUAAAGCUUGUGCUUUACCUGAGGAAGUUGAGAAACUAAGUGAAACAUCAUGGAGUGAAGACGACUUUUAUGAAGAAGACUCCUUUAUAAUAAGAGCCACCCAAGCUCCAGGAGAGCUUGCUAACAAAUGUGAAACAAAGACCUCCUCAAAUAAAGAAGUGAAUAACAAAGCAGCUCCACAGGAUAUGCUGGAUUUUCUAAAAAAGUUAAAACAGAAAUGCAUUGUGGGAUUGGUAGGGGGCUCAGAUUUAUCCAAAAUUGCUGAACAAAUGGGGAGAGAUGUUGUGAAUGAAUAUGACUAUGUGUUUUCUGAAAAUGGUCUGGUGGCAUACAAGGAAGGAAAGCAGAUAGGACAAGAGAAUCUCCUUCAUAACAAAGGAGAAGAGUGUCUACAGAAAGUGAUCAACUUUGCCUUGAAAUACAUGUCAGAAUUACAGCUUCCUGCCAAACGAGGGACGUUUGUGGAGUUCAGAAGCAGUAUGUUGAAUUUAUGUCCAGUGGGGAGGAGUUGUUCACAAAAAGAAAGAGAUGAAUUUGCUGCUUUUGACAAGGAAAAUAACAUCAGGAAGAAGUUUGUUGAGGCUCUAUACAAAAACUUUCCGGAGGCCGGACUAAAGUUUGCCAUCGGGGGACAAAUUAGUAUUGAUGUUUUUCCUACUGGCUGGGACAAAACAUUCUGCCUCCAGUUCCUGGAAAAAGACGGCAUUAAAACGAUCCAUUUCUUUGGGGACAAAACUACUGCGGGUGGAAACGACCACGAGAUAUAUGAGGAUUCUAGGACGAUAGGUCACUCCGUGACCGACCCCUCGGACACCAUUAAACAAGUGUCAGCAAUCAUUCCAGGCUUAUAAUGACAGUGGGUUUUAGUGACAAUGUAUACAAAUCAUGAAAUCCUCUCUCUCUUCUCUGGUUAAUGAUAGGAAAUGAGCACAAAGAUUAUGUAAUAUGAGAAACUUUUUUUUCUUAAGAUUAGCAUACUUUGCAGUAGACAAGAGAGGGCUUAUUUGAUUUUUUGCGGGACAGGAACACAUGUUUAUGGAUGUAUAAAUAUGGUCCAUGUGGGCAUGAAUUUGUGAUUAGUAACAUACUUAUGAUCGGCACAUUUGUUUUCAUUUUGGUGUAAUUCAUUGUUUUGUGCAUUUUGUUUUGCAUUUUCAAAAUUACAACAGGACAUAAUAUUUAUAUAAAGUUUUUCCAUGUACAUUCAUAUGCAUUUUCAUUUCUUUUACUCCGCUUUUACCUUAUACAGUCUGUAUACAAAUACUUACAUUUUAUACAUAUGAUGUACAGAGAUGAUAUUAACACUUAAGACUGUUUUGUAAUAAAAGAUUCUGAAAUUAUG